AUGGAGCACACUUAUGAUAACAGUUUAGAGGAUCUAGGGUUUCAGUCCUUCUCUGAAAGGAUGCAUGGGGAUGUCUUUAUCAAGUCAAGCAAUGCAAACCAGCCGAACCAAAAGGAUUCGCGUGAUAUGUCUUCUUUUUGGGCUAGUCUGGAUGCUAAAUCGUUAAACAUUGAUGGAUCGUCGAUGUUGCCGAGGAGGGCUGUCGGCCAAAAGGAACCUAGAGUGAUUAACAUAAUUGAUGAAUUGGAGAAGGUAUCGGUUCCGGUUCAUGAGGCAAGUAUUGAUGCAGAUCGGAAUAAAGAGGAGCCUGCCGUUAAGGUCUCAUAUGCGGAUAGGGUAAGGAAUGCUGCUGUUGUAAAAAAAGAGGUGAAUUUCCGGAAGAUGGAUUCUGGAGAGACAAAACCUGAUGCUGAUGUUGUCAUCCCUCGUGAGGUAAUCCGCAAAGCUCAACAGAAAUUUGUCAAUGUUUUAUAUGGUUACUUCUUGGGUAAUCGGUUGUCGUUCCCGGUUGUUGAGUACUAUGCUAAGAAUGUUUGGGCUAAAUUUGGUUUUAAUAAACUCAUGAUGAACGGGGAUGGUUUCUUUUUCUUUAAGUUUGAUACUAAGGAGGGUAUGGAAAAAGUGUUGGAAGGUGGUCCUUGGUUGAUCAGGAAGGUGCCGUUAUUUCUUAACGUCUGGUCCCCGUCCAUUAGCCUUAAGAAAGAAGGAAUUAAAUCUGCUCCGGUUUGGGUGAAGCUCCAUAAUGUGCCUAUUGCGAUUUAUAAUGAGGAUGGGUUAAGCUUGCUAGCUUCUAAGAUUGGUGAACCAAAACGGUUGGAUGGUUAUACAGCGGAUAUGUGUUCGGAAAACUGGGGCAGGAGUAGUUUUGCUAGGGCAUUGAUUGAAGUUAAUGCAGACCAUGAGCUUAAAGACCGCAUCGUUGUUGCUAUCCCGAAGCUUGAAGAUGAGGGAUAUAUUAAUGAAGUAAUCAAUGUGGAAUAUGAGUGGAAACCUCAGAGAUGUUCUGUAUGUUGCAUUUUUGGGCAUAAUGAUCAAACCUGUGGGAAGAAUGAGAACAGGAAAACUAAACAAGUUGUGGUGGAUGAUGAGGGUUUUAUAACGGAUAAGAGGAAGACGGUACGAGUAGGAGUGGUUCCAAGGAAACAAAAGCAAAAAUUCAUUUACAAGCCUAAGUUCAAUAAGUCUGAUCCGAGUACAUCUGGUACAAAGGAUGUAAAUGUCAAUGAUAAGAAGAGUGAUAAUGUUAAAACUCGGAACUCGUUUGAAGCAUUGUCGAAGAUAGAUGACAUGGAAGGGAAGGAAGAUAAUGAUAGGGAGGGAACAGGUAAUUGUAACAACGGGGGUCAACCUAAGAUCGUUGAGGAAGUAGUGGAGACAAUUCCAACGGAAAUGGCGGCUUUUAUGAAAAAUGACAACCUGGGAAAGGGUUCUGAGGGGGCAAGCACUCCCGGUCAUAGCGGUCUCCAUGAAACUCAUGUGGAGGUUGUUAAUCUGGAUAGGGUUUGUAAAAAUGUUUUUAGAGGUUGGAAUUGGACGUCUAACGGGGGAAUCUGUGAACGUGGUACUAGAAUUAUUCUCGGUUGGGAUAGUGAUGUAGUAGAUGUCAUGAUUUUGUCUCAAACUGAUCAAGUUAUACACUCUCAGAUCUGGUCCAAAGCUGAUAAUUCGAGUAUUUUUUGCUCUUUUAUCUAUGCGAGAAAUAAAUACCAAGAACGAAGAAGCUUGUGGGAGGAUUUAUGUAGACAUAAGCUUUUAUGCUCGGAUAAGGCUUGGUUCGUCAUGGGGGACUUUAAUUCAGCUCUCAGCUCAGAUGACUCGCUUUUUGGGCCAUCUAGUCGGUCGAUAGGUAUGCGGGAAUUUUGUGAGUGUAUUGAAGAGACGGAGCUUAUAGAUGUUAAGGGUCAUGGUCUCCAUUUCACAUGGAACCAGAAACCGAAGGAAGGAGUUGGCUUGUUAAGGAAAAUUGAUAGAGUAAUGAGUAAUGUUAAGUGCCUAGAUUUGUUUCCGGAUGCUUACGUUAUUUAUCACCCUUAUCGUGUCUCGGAUCAUACGCCUUGCAUUCUGAAGUUGACUAAUGUUACUAACAAUUCUCGGCCAAAACCAUUUAAGUUUCCGAACUUUAUUGUUUCAAAACCAGAAUUUAAAGUCUGUGUGGAGAAACAAUGGGCGAAGAAGAUUGAUGGGUUUGCUAUGUUCUCGGUUGUUAGUAAGCUUAGAAACCUGAAACCGGACCUCCGCAAAAUCCUGUUUCAACAAGGCAACCUCCAUAAGCGAGUUCUUGAGCUUCGUUUGAAGCUAGAUGCGAUCCAGGAACAGGUUGAUGCUAAUCCUAUGGAUGUGAAUAUUCGGAAAAUGGAGCUCGAGUGUCUCCAUGACUUCAAAACUGCUGCCUAUGACGAGGAAUGUUUUUUGAAACAAAAAUCGAAGGUGGAAUGGCUUUGUGCGGGGGACUCUAACACGGCAUUCUUUCACAAUUCUGUUAAAUGCAGGAACAAGCGCACCAAAAUUCAGUGCAUUAGAGAUGUGAAUGGCAAUAGGUUUGAAGGGGAUGAGGCCGUGCACGCUCUAGUUGAUCAUUAUUCAGCGUUUUUGGGAAAGGAGGAUCAGGUUACUUUUAUGAAUAUGGAUGAUGUUUUUGUUAAUGUCAUUAAUCCGGAGAAUGCAGCUAAUAUGGUCCGACAAGUAACGCGGGAAGAAGUAAAGAAUGCUAUGUUCAGUAUAAGUGAAAUCAAAGCUCCGGGGCCGGAUGGCUACACUUCAGCAUUCUUUAAGAAUGCGUGGGAUAUAGUGGGGCACGAGGUAACGAAUGCAGUUCUUGAUUUUUUUGGGAACGGCAAGAUCCUUAAACAAUUGAAUCACACAAUCUUGGCCCUUAUUCCUAAAGUUGAUACCCCGGAUUCUGUUCUUGACUAUCGCCCUAUUUCAUGCUGUAAUGUACUCUACAAAUGCAUUAGCAAGAUUAUAACUGACAGGAUUAAAGGGAGUUUGGAUUCUUUGGUUAGUAUCAACCAAUCUGCGUUCGUCCCAGGCAGACAGAUCUCCGACAACAUUCUGUUAACCCAAGAGUUGAUGCACAACUAUCACUUGAACAAAGGUGCUCCGAGAUGUGCGUUUAAAAUUGACAUCCAGAAGGCGUAUGAUACUGUAAGUUGGGUGUUUCUAGAGAAGAUUCUUAAUAUGUUUGGCUUUCACAAGACGAUGGUGAAAUGGAUUAUGGCAUGUGUCACAACGGCAACGUAUUCUUUGAGUAUCAAUGGAAAUCUCCACGGGUUUUUUAAAGGUAAAAGGGGUCUUCGACAAGGGGAUCCAAUGUCUCCAUACUUGUUCACUCUUGUUAUGGAAGUUCUUACCUUAUUACUCCAAAAGAAUGCUCGUUCGGGUACGUCUUUUAAGUUCCAUGCGCAGUGCGUAAAGCAACGAAUUAUAAAUGUCUCUUUUGCGGAUGACCUCUUUAUUUUCGUUCAUGGGAGUGUUCAUUCGGUUAGAAAGGUUAAAGCUGCCCUGGAGUUAUUCACGGGUAUGUCGGGGCUUGUUCCGAGUCAGGCUAAAAGUACAGUGUUCUUUUGUAAUGUUCCCCAACAAGUCAAAGCUGAGAUCCUCAAUGAAAUGCCGUUUCAGGAAGGAUCCUUACCGGUAAGAUACUUGGGUGUGCCGCUAGUUUCGUCAAAGUUAAGUGCUGGGGACUGCAAAAUGCUAGUGGACCGUUUGGAUAAGAAAGUUAAUAAUUGGAUGACAAAAACGCUAUCCUUUGCGGGUAGGGUUCAACUCAUCAAUUCCGUCCUGUCUUCUAUGCAUAUAUAUUGGGCUUCGGUUUUUGUUAUUCCGGCUAGGGUUGUCAGUGAGCUGGAAAAACGUAUUCGGAGGUUCCUUUGGAAUGCCGGGAGUGCUGGGAAAAUUAAAGCCAAAGUGGCUUGGUCCGACAUUUGCCUUCCUAAAGUGGAGGGAGGCUUAGGAAUUCGAAGAAUUUGUGAUGUGAAUAGGGCCCUUAUUACGAGACACAUAUGGAGUAUCCUUGUCAAGCGGAAAUCGCUAUGGGUGCAAUGGAUUUAUGCUCACAGAAUUAAACAUCAGAAUUUUUGGAAUGUCCAAUGUAGGGGAUCCGUAAGUUGGGGUUGGAGGAAACUCUUAGGGAUUCGCAAUAUGGUCCGGCCAUUUAUAUGGAACGUCAUUCGAAAUGGAGCUCAUACAAAUGCAUGGAGUGACAACUGGUGUCACUUGAGCCCUCUUAGGGACUUUAUCACUCCGCGGCACAUUGCUAAUGCAGGUUUCAACCUUCAGUCUUCGGUGGCGGAUAUAUUAGAUGCUAACGGUCAAUGGAGAUGGCCUCAAGCUUGGUAUGAUACUUACCCAGUUUUAAUUGGCUUAACUAUUAUUCGGGAUAACUCCCAAUUACAUGACCGAAUGGUUUGGAAAGAUCUUGAGGGAAACGAACGGCAAUUUAGCUCGAUGGAAGUUUGGCAUGCUAUUCGUCUGCGUAGUAAUACAGUUAGCUGGGCAAACAUGGUCUGGUUCAGUCAAUGUAUCCCGAGGCACUCGUUUCAGCUGUGGUUAGUGAUCAAGAAUAAAUUGAAAACCCAAGACAGGUUGAAAGUCUGGGAGGCGGGUAGUGAAACAAACCUAAGAUUAAUGUGCUGCCCUUUAUGUCAGCGAGACCGUGACUCUAGAGAUCAUCUUUUUUUCGCGUGCAACUUCUCUUCGCAGGUUUGGAUGAAUGUGAAAUCGUUGGUGGACAUGAAGCAAGUUAAUGAGUUGUGGAGUUCAGUUUUGGCAUGGAUGGAGCAAUACUCGAGCUCAACGAACUUGGAACAUAUCGUUAGCAAGCUGGUUCUAGCGGCUUCGGCUUACUUUAUUUGGCAAGAGAGGAAUAACAGAUUAUUUUCCAGGAUGCAAUGUUCAGCUACUCAAGUAUCUGAGAAGAUUAAAAGUUCCGUGCGUUUUCGGUUGAUGGGCUUCAAGUUCAAAGGUCAUUCUGACCACAACCGUGUUCUAAGAAAGUGGAAAAUCCCGUCAAGGGCGUCGGAUGAAGACCCGGGCUGA